GAAAAUAAUAAACUAGGUAUAAGUCAUAAUACUUUAUUCGGACCGUGAAUUCCUCAAUAUUUCUCGUUUUUUUAUUUUGAUUGUCACUGUCGUUCGCAUUUUCGUUCCUCCCUUGAUAAGCCUUAGAGGAUGUGAUAAACAGAUAAAUCCAACCAAAUUGUACUUUAACUAGGAUGGGUCGUACUACGAAAUUUACCAGAUAAAAUAAUUUUUGGUUUUUUAUUUUAUUAAAUGCUUGCUUAUGUAUUAUGCGGAUCUUAGUUGCAAGACGCUAUGGCUAUAAGUACUCGGAGAUUAUUUUUCAAAUAUGCGAAAUGUUUAGUGAUUACUAUUGUCGUAGCGUUUUUCGUACAAAUUCUUAUUGCUGUUUAUUUAUUCCCAACUGAACAUGAUAAUUUACUUACGGAACUUGGUCGCAUCUCAUAUUCGCGGCAAGAAAUGGGCGAUGUGUCAGCGAGAAAGUUAAAUACCGGAUUUAUGAAUGAUGAAGACAUAGCUCCAAACACUAAGCAACAGAACAAACCAGUGAGUAGCCUAAGAUUAGAAGAACUAGAUUUUAAGCCAGCUUGUGACGUAAAAAACAGAGAAGCUAUAUCCGCAAUACACCGUGCCAGGACUCAAAUUUGUAAGCAACAAAUUGUGAACAAAACUUGCCUUAUACAAAACGGUAAUUUUUACCCUGAAUCUUUACCACAUCAUUGUAUGCCUGAAGGAGUGGUUUAUGGCAAACAUUUGGGCUGUUUUAAAGAUGAAAAGGAGAUGCGUUUGCUGUCUAACUUUAGUGGGAAUUAUGCAAAGGGAAAUACACCAUCCACCUGUUUAGACAUUUGUGUUCAAGCUGGACUCCCAUACGCAGGAGUACAAUAUGGGUCUGAAUGUUUCUGUGGAGAAAAUGCGCCACCAUUGUCGUCAUUAUCUGAUGGCUUGUGUGACAUGAAAUGCUCAGGUGACCCUACCAAGAUUUGCGGUGGAUACUUCGCUAUGAACAUUUUUCAAACUGGUAUAGCAAAAUUCAAACCCAGAACACCAGUUACUACUCACACCAAAACAGAUUCAGUACGAAUUGUAUUUCUCCUGACACUGAAUGGAAGGGCCUUACGUCAAGUUCAUAGACUGGUCAAUGCUCUUUAUAGAACAAGGCACUAUUUUUAUAUUCAUAUUGACUCUAGACAAGACUAUUUACAUCGUAAAUUAUCAGUCUUAGAAAAAGAAUUCCCAAAUAUAAAAUUAGCCCCAAGCAGAUUUUCUACAAUUUGGGGUGGAGCGUCCCUACUCACAAUGCUUUUAGCUGCUAUGAGGGACUUCAACAGGUUAGACUGGCAGUGGGAUUUCGUCAUCAACCUCAGUGAAAGUGAUUUCCCAAUUAAGUCUUUGGAAAGUUUAGAAAAAUUCUUAACAGGAAAUAAAGGAUUAAACUUCGUGAAAUCACAUGGAAGGGAAGUUCAAAGAUUUAUCAAAAAGCAAGGCUUAGAUAAAACUUUCAUUGAAUGUGAAAAUCGCAUGUGGCGAGUGGGAGAAAGAAAAUUGCCCAGAGGAAUAGUGAUAGAUGGAGGAAGUGACUGGAUAGCACUAUCAUCAGAAUUUGUAUCAUAUCUUAUUGACAGCAGUAAUAAAGACAAAUUGUUAACAGGAUUAGAUAUAUUAUUUAAACAUACUCUGUUGCCUGCUGAAUCUUAUUUCCACACUGUUUUACGGAAUUCACAUUUCUGCAACACUUAUGUGGACAACAAUUUGCAUGUAACCAACUGGAAAAGGAAAUUAGGCUGUAAGUGUCAAUAUAAACAUGUUGUGGAUUGGUGUGGAUGUUCACCGAAUGAUUUCCGAACAGAAGACUGGCAGAGAAUUCAAAACACUGAGGAACGUCAAUUGUUCUUUGCUAGAAAGUUUGAACCUAUAAUCAAUCAAGAAAUAAUUACAAGAGUAGAACAGUUUGUAGGAUUCAAUGAUCAUCAUUUGGUCCGUAAUUUAGAUGCUUAUUGGCAAAGCAUUUACAACACAGAAGAUUUAACAGCUCAAUCAGAUGACACACUUUUAACCCACGCUGGAAGUAUCAUUCGCCACAAUGCAAAAAUUUUAUUAGCUGAACAAUGCUACAUAAAACCUGACGAAAUUAUUGAAAUAAGCUCUUAUCAUUUUGCUGAUAUCUACAAAGGAAAUUUGAUAUUGCACAAAGCUUUUAUUCAAGGUGAAGAAGUUUUAAUAGAAACUUGGUAUAAACCAAAAAAGCAUUUAGAUUUGAAUUUAGAAAACCAGUAUGUCGACAAUGUCAAGAUGUUUAAAGUUAGUUCAGACUAUGACCAGAAAGAGAUGAUUUUCCGAAACUUAGCUAAUAUAUUAGGUCCACUGUCAGAGCCAGUAUUAUUGUAUCAGUUUUUACCACCAAUAGAAAAGAAUUUUGAAAAUCUGACUGUAAUGUGGCUGGAUCCCGCCGGUGUCAUCGCCGAUGUCGUCAGCAUUCAUGUAGACGAGACCAAUUUAACCAACUUCAUCAAGCCUAGUCUGAAAACGCCACUUCUUCCAGGAGUCUGGAAAGUAGGGUUAUUUGAACAAUCUAAUUUAAUUGCUACAACUAAUUUUUUUAUUACGCCGUUAGAAUAUUUUUCUGGCAAGGAAGUAUCGCACCAAGAAGCAAGCAUUAUCAACAGUGGAUCUCAAAAUGCUUAUAAAAAUUACUCUUACAUCAAAUUGAUGAAUUUUCUACCUAAUAAAGAAGAAAGUUUACUACUGCAAAAGAUUUCAUACUCUAAUAUCAAGAGAAUACAUAAGGAUUUAAGAGAAUGGACAGACAGUUUAACGAUUGAAUUUUUCAAUGUUUUAGGUUCUUGUAUAAAUUCUUCAAAGACUGACCUGACAGACAAAGUGGUAUGUGGUAAACAUACAUUUGAUUAUUGCACUUCAUCAAACUGGAGUUCUUUGUCUCCAGAUCCUAAGGGAACUAUAGGCAAAUUAAAUAAAAGCACUGGACGAUUAGAAAGAACGUGACAGAGGAGUUUUAGAUAGAUAUAAAAAAAUUAUGUAUUUGGAAUAUUAGUACUUCAGUUGAUAUACUAUUCUAUUGUGUAUUAUGUUGGUAUGAUUUUGUUUUAGGUCCAUUGACGAAGGUAUUAUAAUUACGAUCAAAUAUAAUGGCUGUACACAUUGAUAUUGUAAGUCAAUGGCUGUACAUAAUACUUUCAGAGAUAUUGCGUGUCUAUUUUUUUACAAUUAUAUUUAUAAUUAUCAAUUUUCACAUUUUUCAUUGUACACAUCAUUUUAAUUUUUAUACUUUAGUAAUAUAUUAUUACAAAUGGUAGAACAAUAAAAGUCACUAUGUUGAACAAAAUUAAGUACAUUUAGGUAGAUAAAAUU